UUCAUUGCUGGCCAGUUGACUUGUAUUUUGUAAACAAACCCGUGUAAUUUGUCCUUCGUAGUCCACUCAUUUUUGUCAUCUCUGGUUAAUAAAAACCUCUGCUGAAAAAAGACGAUUUGAUUUAAUGAGAUGGCAUGGAACCUGCCAGCAUGUGGGAAGAUCGUCAGGCUCAGUGAGCUGAUGGAGGGAUCGUCUGAAGUCACUGGACAUGUUCGGAUUUUGGCAAGAUUACAGAGCUACGACUGUAUCAAGCAGCAAGCUGUCGUCUGCAACGUCGAACGAAACUGCAACCAUCAACUGCUUAUUGACACUAGACUAGUUGAGCCUUUUCACGCGAGGGCGGGCUCCGUGUUUCAGUUCCUUGGCGAGAUAGAUUAUGGAGAGAACGCUCAAAUUAUUCUACGAGCGCGAGUCGUGCGAUGUGUGGAUGGCGUGGACGUUGCAAUGUAUAACAAGGCGUUGGACGCACAGCGCAGGUUUUUCGCAAAGAGAAAUAUGCAGACGUGAUGAACAGCAAAAUGUUUGACGCAUUCAGAGCGCGAGUUGUGCAAUGUGGGUAUGGCGUGGAUGUGGUUACGAGGUAACCCUAACCUUUCCAAAUCCUCUUUGCAGGAGUGAGUAUUUUGCAGGAUUGAGGAUAUGGCAAAGUGUGGCUGAUUUUGGAGGAUGCACUGUGUCAAGGUCUUGGGCCGAACCUUGUGUUGUUUUAUAUGCUCAGCCGUGCAUAAAUUUAGGCCUAGAUUAUACUUGAAAUCCUCCGCACUGCUCCAGGAUGUCACUGGCUCUUCGCCACAUAUUGACAGUUUUUGCUGGAGGAUUUUGCAGGAUUGAGGCAGUGGUCACCCCUCCAAGGACCACAUUCAAGAAAUAAUGGAGGAUUGAGGCUGUAUGAUAUUUUUACAUUGAGGCAGGAUUGAGAUUGCAUCCUAGCAAAAAUGCCUAGGGAGUAACAUGUAGGGUUAAGGAUAAGGGAACGUUGCUGGACAUUUGUCAAGCAGCUAGAAAAAAAAGUUUGGCCUCAUGAUGCAGGAGAAAUGGAAUCACAACUUAAUGAUUUUAUUUCUUGCUAUCAUAAGUUUGUUAAAAAAAUUAUUUUGUUUUUAAACGAUAGAGGAUACAUUAUAUUCAUCGUAUUUUAUACCAUUUGUUUGAAAAUAAGGUGUACAUGUAUGUAAAAGCUGUUUUUACACCAUUACAGCAAGAAAUGACAACAUUGUACUUUUAAGUUAUAGGAAUUAUACUGUUGAAUAUUUUAUCAAUUGAUACAUUUUUUUGAAAGGUGAACAGAGGUUGCAUUGCGACUGUUUGGCCUACAAAAUACUUUUAAAGAAAAAGGUAUUUUUGGAAAUUUGUAAAUCCCACCAUAUUUUUAUGAUAUGAUGUCGGAUGUUUUGCAAAGAAUGUGAUCAACGAUUGUCAUUUUUCUUAUCACGAAAUGAUCAACAAUAAUGAAAUUGAAUAUUGUACAACCAUGACAUUAUUUGGCUAUUAAGGAAAAAUAAAAUUCUGUUUUCAGAAUGACCACAAUAAUAUCUACUUGUAUUAAAGGGAAUAUACAACAUUUGCAAACAUCAAAAAAAAAAAAAAA